AUGGAUAAAGGUGCGGACGCAACACACCAUGAGGAAUUGGCACUAGCCAAGGAGGCAGCGCAGAACCAGGCGACUGGUACAGUCAGAUUGAUUGAAGAUGGAGAGGUGAUUCUUAUUCCGACUCCGUCGCCGGAUCCAAGAGAUCCCCUCAAUCUCCCUCAAUGGCACAAAUGGACCAUCACGAUUGUGCUCGGACUGUUCUCCAUUCUGGCUGUGACGUGGACUAGUGGUAUGGGAGCGAUUUUGAACACGAUCGACGCUUAUUACGACGGCAAUCCACGAACUAGCGACCUCAUGACCUAUCCCACUCUGUUCAUGGGUAUUGGAAAUCUGAUUGCUAUGCCUAUUGCCAUGGCAGUAGGAAGACGUCCUGUGUUUCUGGCAUCUAUUCUCCUCUUGACAGUCGGUGCUGUCUGGUGUGCUGCAAGCCAUAGUCUCGGCUCACAUACAGCUGGUCGUGAUAUUCUCUCUUUGGCAGCUGGGCAAUCGGAAGCUUUGUGCCCUCUAAUUAUCCAGGAAGUUCACUUUGUGCACGAACGUAGUCGAAGACUCGCGUGGUUCAGCGCUAUUCAGUCUACCGGCUCUGCAGCUUUGAUUAUUGCGACUGGGUAUCUAGUCAACAGUAUAGGCUGGCGGUGGUGGUACGGCGUAUUCUCCAUUUUCAGCGGUCUUACAUUGAUCGUUGCCUUCUUCCUGAUCCCGGAGUCUCGCUACACACGACCAGAUGAUGCAUACAAUGGCCUUGUGCAUGUGCAUAACGAAAAAACCCAGGAAACGACUUUUGUACGUGCAACAACAAGGAACCGACCACCUCUCGACUUCGAAAGGCACCAUGCACGAACGCUCUCAUACAAUCUCAAGAUUUUUCACGGCCCCGCGGACUGGACAAAGUUCACUACUUGCUGGAAACAGAUGGGCCAAUGUAUUUUGUUUCCCAACAUUCUUUGGGUGGUUUUGAUGAACAGUGCAGUGCUGGGCAUCUACGUUGUUUCCGCGACUGAGUUUGCUGCCAUUCUGGCUUCACCACCUUAUCUAUACCCGUCCACAAGCCUGGGCCUCGUCCAGGGAGGUCAGAUCGUGGUCUCCAUGCUCAUGGUCCCUGUUCUUGGAUACGGUGGUGAUAUACUAUACAAAUGGAUGGCCGGUAAUCGCGACGGCAUGGUCAAUUCUGAGCUGCGCCUUAUCCCCAUCACUUUACCGGUAGUGGUUACAUUGGUUUCUGCUGUCAUUUUUGGUCAAGCCGGACAGAAUCCAACACAAUGGUCAUCAUGGGCUGUUGUCACCACUUACAAUGGUAUCUACUUCGGUUUCAUCGGUAUCAUCUUGAUUGGUUAUACCUACUCGCUUGACAGUUAUGGUGAGCGUGCUGUACCGAUCCUAACCCUAAUUUGUGCUAUUCGUGGUAUAAUUUCUUUUGGUAUCUCUUUUGGUGUGACCAACUUCGUCACUAAGCAAGGAUACGAUGGCGCUUUCAAUAUCUGUGCUAUUAUCAUGGGAGUCAUUUCUGCCUUUGGCUUCAUUGUGUUCUUCUUUGGCGCGAAGAUUCGCUCUUUUACCACCAAGUAUGCUGUGGAUGGUGCAAAAAUUGAAAUCUAA